AUUAUCUUCUUAUUUCUUUUGUGAACUCUCUACUUGUUCAUUUUUAACCAUAACAUGGAUGGGAAGAAACUGGAAUAUAAGGGCGAGGAUGCGUUGAAGGAGAUUGAGAAUUUAACAGCAACUGCUGCUGAAGUUCAGUGUGGCAUCUUGAAAGAAAUUUUAAAGCAAAAUGCAGAAAGUGAGUAUUUGAAUAAGUAUAUGAAAGGAUCUAAAGAUGUUUCUCAGUUUAAAAGUUGUGUCCCAGUUAUUACCUACGAGAAUAUCUAUCCUUAUAUCCAGAGAAUUGCUAAUGGUGAAGGCUCUUCCCUCAUUACUGGUCAGCCCAUAACUGAAAUUCUGUGCAGCUCAGGGACUUCUGCCGGAGAGCCUAAAUUAACGCCAUCAAUAGCUGAAGAUCUUGACCGUCGCACGUUUCUUUAUAAUCUCAUCAUGCCAAUUAUGAACCAGUACAUUUCUGGUCUUGAUGAUGGGAAGGCCAUGUAUCUCUACUUUGUCAAGGCCGAAUUAUCUACACCUUGUGGUCUGCCAAUUCGCACCGUGCUCACCAGCUACUACAAGAGCAAGCACUUCAAGUGCCGAACACGAGAUCCAUUUAACGAUUUUUCAAGCACAGAUAAGGCAAUCUUGUGCAAUGAUAGCCACCAAAGCAUGUACUGCCAGUUGCUAGCUGGUCUAGUACAUCGUCACCAGGUUACGAGACUGGGGGCUGUAUUUGCGUCGGCUUUCCUCCUAGCCAUUUCUUUUCUUGAGCGUAAAUGGGUUCAAUUAUGCAAUGAUAUCCGCACUGGCCAUCUUGACCUAUUGAUCAUAGACCCUACGUGCCGGUCAUCGAUGAUGGAUAUACUAUCAUCACCUAAUCCCCAUCUAGCUGAUGAGAUAGAGGGCAUUUGUAGCCGUCCAUCUUGGAAAGGAAUCCUGUGUGACCUUUGGCCCAGGGCCAAGUACAUAGAGGCUGUAGUCACUGGCUCCAUGGCACAGUAUAUACCAGCUCUCAAGUAUUACAGUGCAGGAAAGUUGCCUUUGGUUUGUACUAUGUAUGCUUCCUCUGAGUGUUACUUUGGUGUCAACUUGAAACCUAUAUGUGACCCUGCAGAAGUAUCAUUUACCCUCUUGCCUAACAUGUGCUAUUUUGAAUUUUUACCAUUGGGUGAAAAUGGAACGCUUGCCAUGGACAUAGAUGAAGACGAGGCAGUGCCGAAUGACAGGCUUGUUGGUUUGGUGAAUGUUAAAGUUGGCUGCUAUUACGAAUUGGUGGUUACUACUUUCUCUGGUCUGUAUCGAUACCGUAUUGGGGAUGUGCUUCAGGUGACUGGAUUUUACAAUCAAGCCCCACAGUUCAGAUUCAUUUGCAGGAGAAAUGUUGUGCUCAGUGUUGACAAUGACAAAACCAGUGAGGAAGAUCUUCACAGAAGCGUCACCACAGCAAAGAAAUUGUUAGAACCCUUCAACGCUUUGCUUGUGGAAUACACUAGCUAUGCUGAUACAUCCUCUGUCCCUGGACAUUACGUACUCUUCUGGGAAAUUCAAAUGGUAGAUUCCGCCAUCUCAAUCGAUGCAAAGCUGCUAGAAGAAUGUUGCGUUACUGUCGAAGAAGAGCUCGAUUAUGUCUACAGGCAAUGCCGUACCCGGGAAAAGACCAUAGGGCCACUCGAGAUACGGGUGAUUGAGCCUGGAACAUUCGAGGCGUUGAUGGAUUUCUUCAUCAACCAAGGGGGCUCUAUCAAUCAAUAUAAAACACCAAGGUGCAUCAAGUCUAGCAGUGCUCUUAAGCUGCUGAAUUCUCAUGUCUUGGCAUCAUUCUCUAGUCCUAGGGAUCCCAGAUGGAUUCCGUUGAAUGGCAAAUAAACGAAUCCUAACUUUGUUUUGUAAGUUUGGCUUGGUUUGUCUUCUUAGUCUAGCUAGCUAAACAAUUGCUAUAGUUUCGAAUGGCUUGAAUCACAAGCAAUCGGAUAGCCCGAUUUAUCAGACUAUAGCUAUGAGCCACAUCGCUCAACCUGUAAUCUUCAUCUUAUUUGCAAGUGAAUAUUUCUAUUUCUAACUUAGUGAGCACUUAA